AUGGAGCGGGGAAUGCCGUCAGAGCGAAUGCCGUAUUGCGCAUCAUCUGCCUUGAGACCUGUGGAGAUUGCUCGCCCCUUUUUCACAUCUGAAAUGCAUAUCCAAACUGCCAUUCGAAAAUUUGGAACUUGGGGACAUAAGAAGAGAGACCGAGAAAAGGGGAGUGGAGUGGUUGGAGAGGAAGACAGCAACGUGUCGGACGGAUGUGGAGAAUGGUCUCGCAGGCAACCCAGGAUCAUCAACGGCUCCGGUGUGCAACACAUAACGUCAGCACCUUGGAUGGCAUCCAUUCACGUUCAGAUCUAUGGAUAUGGUUUCGCUUGUGCCGCGACGAUCAUCCACCCGAGAUUCGUCUUGACCGCUGCACAUUGCCUUUUCACUGAGCAGCUUCCCAAUGGCGUGGCACCAAACGUCACCGUUUAUAUGUAUGAUCUGCGUCGCCACAGGGGAGACAUGCGACCGCUCUUCGUUCUCCACACCUGGGGACAUGCUGAUUACGACAUCGCACUGAUAGAGCUCGCCGGAUCCGUGCCCUUAAGCAUGGAUGACACGGCUCCCAAGCCCUGGAUCUGCGUGCCUAGUGAUGACGACAUAGACGUGGCGAAACGCUGCAGGGCCAAGGUCUUCGGAUGGGGGUUCACCGACUACAGCGAGAUGGUCGAACCCGAACACCUGCGACAACUCGACGUCCGCAUCCUAGAAGACGGCGACCCUGGCUGUCACGUGCCGGAGGAUCACAGAGGUGUCAUGUGCGCCUACGGGACCAGACGCGGAAGCGGGAUUUGCUUCGGUGACAGUGGAGGCCCCCUCGUUGUCUAUUACGGAAGGAAGGCGUACCUCAUGGGUGUGACCUCACACGUGCGUGGCAUGUGCUCCGACGCCCCCGCCACCUUCGUUCGAGUCAGUCACUUCCAGGAAUACAUCCGAAAUUUCCUUCUCGAUCUUUGA